UCUCUCAUCUUGUUUGUGUUGUACUUUUUGCAUGAAACUCACUCAUUUUGCGCCUUUGGACUCAUUCACUCCCUUCUCUUUACUUUGACUCACGCGCCUCCAUCAAAAUCAAAGUAUCAAACAAAUCACAAUAAACAUCAUUUGGUAACAUUCCCACACACAACAUCACAAUCUUCUCCUAUCCCUAUAUAAACUCUACACUCAUUAAUUUCCAUCAUAUAUAUCUCUCUCUCUAACCAUGCAAGUUUUGAAAUCGGCAACAAAAAUGCAAGCAUCUCCUCCACUACCACCACCGCCACCUCCUUCUUUGAACCGGCUGACACCGUAUGAAAUGGUGCACCACCUAGCUUCAUCCAACCCGGUGGUGAUUUUCAGCAUGAACGACUGCUACAUGUCCACAGUAGCAAAGGGACUGCUCAUCAGCCUUGGUGUGGGUCCCACUUUAGUGAAGCUUGAUGAGCAGGCUGACCGGUCUGCCAUAUGGACAGUGUUGUGCGAAUUUGCGGCGGGGACUGAUCAGCCGGCCAUUCCGGCUGUCUUCGUGGGGGGUAAGUUUCUUGGUGGGGUACAGACUCUCAUGACUAAUCACAUCCAUGGAACACUUGUUCCUCUGCUCAAGGAAGCUGGUGCUCUCUGGCUUUGAGAUCUCUUGUUUCAAUUUUCUCAAAUUCAUCUAGUUAGUUAUUAUCAAAGUGAUAUAUAUAUAGUGCUAAAUUAUGUG